UCUGUCAACACUUAGACGUGACGCUCCGCCAUUUGCAAAAGUUGCGCGUGUUUUACUUGAGAGAUUACGAAAGGUUUUUGUAUGUUUUGUGUUAGUUUGAAUUUCAUUAUAGUGUUUCAGUAUAGUGAAAAAUGAGCUCCAAUAUAGAUCCUGCCAAGUUGAAAGUCAUAGAUUUACGCAAUGAACUUUCCUCUCGCGGUUUGGACACCAAAGGAAAUAAAGCGGUUUUAGUGAAACGUUUAAAAACUGCUUUGGAGAAAGAAUUCGACAAAGAUUUGCCUGAUACAUCUAUAGCAGAUACAUCCACUGAAGAUUUGGAUACUUCUCAGAUCGAGGAGUCGCCUAAGAAAAAUGAUGAAGCACCUUCCGAAAAAGUUGAGACAAAUGUCGACAAGGACGAUCCCAAAAGAGAAGUUACUCUGGAGAAAACAAAAACACUGGAUACACCCAAGCCCGAAGUAAAGUCUUCUCAAAAGACCUCUGGGGAGCAGAAGAGUGGAGCUAAGACAGAAUCACCUGAGAAGGAUAUGAAGCUGGUUGAAAAACCAAAAGUUGAUACCAAAUCUGUAGAAGUCAAGCCGAAACCAGCUGCGGCAAAUAAAAUAGAAAAAGUUGAGGAAACAGCUAACUCUCUGGUAAAAAUAAAAACACCGGAAAAAGCUCAGGAGAAACUCAAAUCUCCUGAAAAAAUUAAGCCAGAAGAAAACCCUGAGAAUGUUGAAGAAAAAAUGGAAACGGAUACGUCUGAAACUAAAGAUGGUGACAAGUCCACAUCUUCAAAGAUUGAAUCUGUUUCUCCAUUGGAAAAAGUGGAUAAGGAAAAAGAUAACAAAGAGGCUAGUGAUGAGACUUCACAGAAGCUGGAGAAUCCUCCAGAGAAAAUGGAAAUAGGUGAAGAGGAAGCCAAAAUGAAGGAAUCAAAAUCAACAAAUGGAUCUGAGCAGAAGGGAGAGAAAAGAAAAAGGAGUUCAGAUUCUCCUCAACGGUCACAGCGUAGAAGAAGUAGAUCUCCUGUCAGGGAAAAUGAACCUGAUAUUGAUAAUUCCAUUGUCCAACUGAGCUGGUAUGAUUCUGAUCUCCAUCUCCAAAUUGAUGACAAGACAUUUUUAUCAGCAAAACCGAUGACCGAUGGUGUUUUUGGAUAUGCUUGGGCAGGAGUCAGAGGCACUUACGGUGUUCAAACAGGAAAGGUAUUCUACGAAUUGAAAUUAACAGAAGAAAUCAAAUGGGAAGAUGAUUUUUCCAAGCAACCAGAAAAGAAAAAUCAUAACAAAAGAAAUUCUAAUAAAAAGAAUGCAGGAAAUAAAACAUCCGAUCUAGAAAAGGCUGGGAAAAAUGUGGAAUCCAAUACUAAGGAAGAAAAAAUGGAAGAAACUUCGGCGGUAACGAAUGAAAAAAAAGCUGAAGAAAAAAAAAGUGUAGAUGCAACCAAAGAAAAGGAAGGCGGCACUGAAUCUGAAGGAAAUUCAGCAGAUAAAUGUGAAGACACCGAAUCGAAUGAAGAAACGGCUCAAGAAUCGAAAGAGGAAGUGGCUCAAGAAUCGAAAGAAGAAACAGCUCAAGAAUCGAAAGAAGAACCGGCUCAAGAAGCUAAGGCUGACGAGAAAAUGGAAACGGACGAGGUCAAAUCAGAGAAUGCUGAAAGUGAUGUUAAAGAAAAAGACGAUAAGAUAGAAUUGGCCGAUAAGCCAGUUGAGAUUUCGGAACCUAUUCCUUCGCAUGUUUUGAGAGUAGGGUGGUCUUUACUGAACUGCAGUUUGCAACUGGGCGAAGAAAAAUUUUCCUAUGGUUAUGAAUCGUCAGGAAGAUUUGUGACUGAUAAGAAAUUUGUCGAUUAUGGUAUCAAAUUUGGAGCUGGAGAUGUUGUUGGCACAUUUCUGGAUAUUGACGGAGAUAAUGUCACAAUAAGGUAUGCAGUAAAUGGAGUAAUCCAACCGGUAGCGAUGACUGUCCUAAAGUCAGAUCUCCCUGAAAAUCCGGUAUUUUUCCCGCACGUUCUGUCUCGAAAUUACGCAUUCGAAUUGAACCUUGACGAUAAAAAGGAACCUUGGUUCCCAGUCCCUGCUGAUCUCGCUGGUUUCCAGUGUCUCGGUAAAGUUGAAGAGAAAGUAGCCGGACCGACUAGACCAGAAAGCAGAGGAGACUGCGAGGUGUUGUUGAUGUGCGGGUUACCGGCUGCUGGGAAAACUCAUUGGGUGACGGAGCAUGUCACUUCCAAUCCCGACAAGAGAUACUGUGUCUUGGGAAAGAACAACAUGUUGGAAAAGAUGACUGUUUCCGGUGAACCACUCAAGUCAAAAUACACUGGGAAGUGGAGUUUUCUGAUGGACAGGAUGCAGAAAUGCUUGAAUAGGCUUGUUGCUUUGGCCGCUCACAGAAGAAGAAACUACAUCAUUGACCAGACAAACGUAUUUCCAUCAGCCCAACGCCGUAAAAUGCGGCCAUUUGAGGGCUUCAAGAGAAAGGCGGUGGUAAUUGUAGUUGGAGAUGAAGAACACGCUAGACGUCAAUCUUUGCAAGAAGCUACGGAGGGUAAAGAGGUUCCUGAUAGUACAAUUCUUGAAAUGAAAGCUGCUAUGAUUUUACCGGACAAGGGAGAUUGGAUUGAUGAGGUGAUUUAUGCGGGUGUCGAUGAAUCCGAAGCUAAAGAAAUCGUAAAGAAGUAUAACGAAAAGGGUAAGGAAGCAGGAUACGGAACAGAGAAAAAGUUCAAAGAUGAUAGAUGGCAGCAUAGACGAAACGAUUAUCGCAGUAGAAAUUACCGAGAUAGGAGCAGCUUCCAUAGUCAGAGAUACGAACCUAGAGGGAGGUGGGUGGCACCAAGGCCUAGAGGCGGUGGUUGGAACAGAGAAAGGCAGGAUACUCGAGGUCCACCUGCUCGAGAAUGGAGAGGUGGCUCGCGAGAUUACCAUGGCGCUAGAGGUAAUUACAACCAAGGCGGCUAUACCAGGGAUCACAACAGCAGUAGGAGUCGGGACCAUGGUCCCGUACAUGGACAAGGAGGAGGUCGUGGCCAAGGCCGAGGACAGAGUUGGUCUGGUGGAUGGGGUGGGCAAGGUUACAACCAACAAUCAUCAUAUGGAGGCAGGAGUGGUUAUAGCAACCCAAACUGGGGUAGCGGUGGAGGCAACCAGUGGAAGUACAGCUCCGGCAGUGGUGGCGGAAAUAAUCAGCAUGGUCAUGGCAGUUACGGUAGUAACUGGAACUAUUACGGACAGUAUUCCCAGAACUGGAAUCAGAAGUAAUCCAGCCUCUAAAAUACUAUUAAUAUAUACAAGGUUGAUCAUAUAAUUUGAAAAGAAAAUGUUAACUAACACAGGAAAAUUCAUUGCUAAUUCCAAAAAUCAUGCCCCUACUGUCCUGAGGAUCAACGAGUGACUUUCUUUAGCUCAGUUUGCUAAACAGUAUGUUACAGAAGUGAAAUGAAUCGACCCACAUUUAGUACUUGCAAUAUAAAUUUGAAUUAAUAUCACUUUGGGCGUUUUUUGAUUUGAUAAGGGAUUAAUCGGGAUGUAAUUAUUUAAUUUACUAAAAUAAAUAUUAUUGAAAAAAAAAUAUAGUAUCGGAAUUAGUUGUGAGUUUUCUAAAAAUUUUAUUUGCGAAACAAUGUUUUAAAUUUAGAUUGGAAAAAGUACUUUAUAUAUGUGUACCUUACUCCUAUAACUGUAAAUACAGUCUUACAUUAAGGUGACUAGAUUAGAUAUUUUUUAUUUUAUUUUUUUUUUGAAGAAUUUAGAGUAAAAUUUAUUAUGUAUGAGUUUUAGUUUUGUACAAUGAUUGGUGAACAUAUAUUACUUAACGUUGUAUUGAGUUUAUUUACAAUAAAAUUUCGACUCUUUCAAAUAGAUUGGUGUACAUA